GAUCUGCAGAACACACACCGGAGCAUUCCUCAUCCGCAAAGGCAGCAUCAGAGCACUCUCCCUGCCCCAGCAUCAUCCAGAAGGAGGGCAGGUUGAAGUGCAGCAAGAAUCCCUGAUCCAGGUUGCUUUUGCCAAUGAACAAGUACUUAUGACUUGCCUGGUCAGCUUCCCUCGCACAACACACUAUUCCAGCUUCAUAGGCAGUUGUUAUCUGCUGAACUCAAAGGGCCAGAGAACCACAAUCAAAACGUGUUCGAUAUCUGUACCUAUCCCUGCUGGACAGGAGAACCAGACAGCAAAGGAGAGUUAUAGAUGUGACAUUGAGCCAUACAAAGCUGCUUCUGGCACCUAUUACUGUGAGGCCAACUGGACCAGCUUAACGCAAAAGGGACAUGGGACAUUUGUCCUUGUCAGAGACACUGGGUACCUUGAACACUCCCCCAUCACAUGGACAUGCCUUGUCACUCUUACCACUCUGCUGGCUGCACUGAGCAUCACUACAACAGCUCUUCUGCUGUGGAAGAGAAAGGUGGUAUGUCCGAAGAGAAGCCAGCCCCAGAGUUUCCCAGUAUUGGGGGUAAGAGCCCCAGCCACUUCAGGCAGUUCAGAACCAUCUGGUUCCAUCUACACGUGCCUAGAAUCCCACCAACCUGACAUCUAUUCUGUCCUCGAGAAUGACACACACAGUCCAAUACCUGAGAACAGUCCCACAGCAAAGCCUAAAUCCACCAACUCAGAGCCAGCCAGGGACAGACAUAGGAGUGAAGACUGCGAGAAACCAGGGAGGAGGAAGAAGAAAAUGAAAGAUACGACACCUAAGCAAGAAACUCCAGAAGAAACCUUUGACACCCUGUAUGAGAAUAUCUAAGAGCAAAGACUGAUCAUGCCUGGAUGGUACGUGUCUGAGCAGGAGGAAACUGCCCUUUCGCAGUUUCAGGCCCUGCCGUACCUCUCCAAAGACUCACAGCAAGCUGAGGACAGAACCCAGGAUGACCUCCAAGCCCUGGUCUCUUUCUAAUCUGUUCUUUAUAAAGAUCAGAAUUUUUCCAUUCAAAUCCCAGGUUAGCUCAGCUGGCCUGGAGGUUCUGGAAAGGCUACUUUUCUGUCAAUUAUUUACAGUUCUGGCUUUUUGAAAUAGUGUAGUUGAGUUGUACACAAAUUCUCCUCACCCAGUUUUGCUAAUAUAUUUGAGUUCUGAACCACAGGAUGUGCUUGGACAGUAUAGAGACCCUCCUGCCCCAUCCCAUGUUGUCAGGCAAUCAGGUCUCUCCUGUCAUGCCCAUUAGAACUUGCUAUCUGUCUAUUGAGACCUGGCUCAGAGACCAGGGCCCACUUCAUCAUCUUUCCCUCCCCAAACUGUUCCUCAGCAGUCCACUGAAUUCAGCUCUGCAGGGCAAAUGCUUUCUCCUGAAUGGCUCCAGUAGAAAAUAGUGGGCAGUGAAAGCAUGAAAAAGAUACAGAAAAUGAAGCUGGAGUCUUUUCCCUUUGAUGAUGUCUCUUGCGGGUGGGGAUGUCCUUCAUAGGAAAAAGGAGGGGUGGGGCUUUAAGUACAAACAGUCCAGUUGGAGUCCGUCUUGCAUAGAGACCUGCCGAAGGGGAACUGAUAUCCCUUCCAGUAAAGGAGUUUAAAGAAAAGUGUCUGAGAGUUCAUGUUCCUAUAAGCUUUGUUACACAGUGCAAUUUUUUAAAGCUCUGAUGAGCUGAUGUAACAUCACAGGGUGAAGGCCUCACCAUGCUGAAGUCAGUAGGAGGUUUGUCACUGACAUCAGUGGCACAAGAAUUGUACACAUGGUGGUUAGAGGAUUAUUUAUAAAAUUAUUUGAGCAAGGAGACUAAUUUAUUAGAUGUGCAAUAUGGAAAAUAGGGGAGGAAACUGCAGAUAUGAGCUUUCUAUCCAGGCCUUGAUCUUUCCUGUCACAUAGAUCUAACCUGUCUGUUGGACUUAACCUCAUUUGAGGUCUGAUGGGGAAGGAGAUACAUUAAAUAUAUUGCAUAGCUAGAUCAAAACAAUGAAUCAAAAAGCUGAUGUUGUUGUACCUUAGAUUUAAAAAAAUCCACAAGAAUAUGUAGAAUAAGCUGAGAGGGAUCAUACAAACCUCUUUAAAGUAGAAGAUCAAUUUAAAACUGAGCUGCAGGGUCACAGGACCUUCUCUGGUUUUAGAUAAGGUUGCUCCUCGUCAGAGAUAGAAGGUAUGGAAAAUGUCUCCAGGGCCUCCAAGCUUCCUAUACUAUGUUUAAAGGGAUAAUCCUCUUAUUGCUUUGCUCUUUUUAUUAGAUGAGAUUUCAAAUGUGCAGUUUGAACUUUCUUUAACUGUAGAAAAAUGCUUUUCUCUUUCCAGUGUCUAGAAAUUUAUUUCAGUAAAAGCAAUCAAUAGACCAAGUGGUUUAUUAGACCCAUUAACAUUGUUUUUCCAUUUGGAAAAUGAUUAUUUUUUUGCAACAGAAUUUUAAAUUAAAUAUAUUUGGGUCACCACGUUUUAAUGCUUAAUUGUUGCCUAAACCAGUACCAUUACAGAUUUUUGUUUCUCUUGGGGAAUUUUUAGUCAUGUUGAGGAUAAAUUAUUUUAAUAUUUAAUGGGAUAUUGAUCACACCUGGGCAAGAAAAUCUCAGAGCAAGCUGACAAUUGGAUGAGGAGUUAAAGCUUACUAAAAUAGAAAUGAUUUGGGUAGGGUUUUUUUUAAUAUUGAAUUUAUAGAUGCUAAGAAUUGUAUGUACAACUGGAAAUUUCUUGCCAAGAGUAUCAGUUACAGCACUGUUUAGUCAAUCUCUUAUUCUCACUGUUCUUUUGUAUUUUAUAUAAUGUAAAUCACUGUAUUUAUCUAUGACCAACUCCAUCUCUGUCUGUCUGUCUGUCUCUCUCCCUGCUCCCCCCCCCCAAUAAAUAUUUGGUUUAUCAAAAUAAAAAUGAUAGAGAGAAGAAGCCAUAGAACAGCAUAAUUCCUUUCUCCUAUGUUGUAGUGGUAAAAUAGUAGGUAAAAGCUAAAGAGUAGAGACAGAGUGAAAGGCUCUGAUCCUUUAAAGUAGUCAUAGGCAAAAUUCAACAGAGAAAAAUGGAAGAUCUUUGCAUUAGGGGGCCUGAUACAAGGCUAAAUGAAGUCAUUGGAAGUCUUUUAAAUAUAUUUUAGUGGGUCUUAGCUUGGCACAUUGAGAGCAGAGACAAGAAAUGAGAGAUCUCCUUGUAGGUGCAUAGAUAUGGGUCUAAAAUACUGCCCUAGCAUGGCCCAGGCAAUGCAGAGCUGGAGCUUGUGAGAGUGGAAGGUGUAAACCAGAAGAACAUGACAGGUAUUUUUUAAGACACAGAAGUUUUCCAAGGAGAUAUUAAAAAAAAUAUCUCCAGUCAAGGCAGAAAAGAUUUAUAAAGAUCAUUUAAAUAACAUUAGUGUAACCGAUGUGUCUCAGAGACUUAACAGAAACAGUAACCAGUUGGUCUGUCUUAGCUGUCUAGCCCAUGAGGGUGAGUGCAGGGAAUUAGUAUUAUUUGCCUAUAUUCCAUAAGAUGAAAUUAGAUAGUUUUCAGUAUGUGCCAAACAUUUCAGAUGAAUGAAAUAAAGAAACAUUUCCAUCGGC